AUGGGCUUCGACCUCCACGCCGACGGGACCAACGACCCCAAGAGUGUGCGCAACUGGCGCAUCCACUUGGUGGCCAUCGUUGCCUCCAUGUCUGCCAUCACCAUGGGCUACGACACGUCUGUUAUCGGGGGCACGAUGGCUCUAGACUCGUUCCGCCGCGACUUUGGUCUCCUCUCAGCGUCGGGCACGUAUCGCGACACUCUGCAAGGCAACAUCGUGUCCACGUUCCAAGCCGGGUGCUUCUUCGGCUCGCUGCUGACCUUCCCACUCGCCGAGAAAAUUGGUCGAAGAAAUGCCAUCUUUGUCGCCGCGACCGUCUUCAUCGCCGGCGGUGUGCUCAUGACAGCGGCACACGGCCUGCUCGCCAUGCUCAUUGUCGGACGUGCCGUUGCCGGUCUUGGCAUCGGGGCAUCGUCGCUGAUUGCGCCCGUAUAUAUUGCGGAGACGGCGCCUCCAUCAAUCCGUGGCAGGCUGAUUGGCGUCUUCGAGAUUGCGUCUCAGGGAGGUGGCAUGCUGGGAUUCUGGAUCAACUACGCCUGUGACCGAACCAUCUCCUCGUCCAAGGCCGCCCAGUGGAUCGUUCCCCUUGGCAUGCAGCUCGUCCCCGCCACGACCGUUGGGAAGAGGCAGAAAGUGCUCGUCAACCUCCGCGCCCUGCCCGCCGACCACCAAUACAUCCGAGACGAGCUCUCCGAGAUCCGCCAGCAGGUCGAGGAGCGCACGGCGAACCGCAUGACAUUCCGCGAGAUGUUCAAGCGCCCCUUCCAAAAGGGGGUGCGCAACCGCAUAUCCAUCGGCAUGUUGCUCAUGGCAUGCCAGAACCUCACCGGCGUCAACAUUAUCACCUACUAUUCACCUCGCAUCUUCGAGACACUUGGCCUCACGGGGACCACCACCAAGCUCUUCGCUACAGGCUUCUACGGCAUCGCCAAGACGCUUGGCAUGUUUGUAUUCUCAGUGUGGCUCGUGGAAAAGGUCGGCCGCAGAAACGGCCUCAUCUGGGGGGCCUUUAUCGGCUCCGUCCCCAUGUGGGACGGAUGGGGUUACCUAGCCAUGGUGUGCGUGUAUCUCUAUGGCCUCAUCUACUGCGCAACGUGGCAGGGCAUCACCUGGGUGUACUGUUCUGAAAUCUUUCCCAUCGACGUCAGGAUGCUCUGCACAGCCAUUACGACGGCCGACCAGUGGUUCUGGAGCUUCCUCAUCUCCCGCACCACGCCAUACAUGAUCACCUCGCUGGGUUACGGGACGUACAUGUUCUUCGGCGCACUCAUGGUUGCCAUGGGCUUCUGGGCGCUCUUCUUCAUCCCCGAGACCAAGGGCCUUACCCUCGAAGACAUGGACCGCCUUUUCAUGCAGAGCACCUCGGCUCCAGUCAUCAACAGAAAGAAGGAGGCGUAUCUCGAACAGGUUGGGUCGACUGACCAGCACCGGUCCUAUACCUGA